GUUGGUGUUUCCCUGAUCUCGGCUGCCGAGGUCCUGCAGGGCCGUGAGGACGUCACCAUGCCUAAAGCCCUAAAGGGAAAACUUGUAGGACGGGAAAAAAAAGUCAUCCACCCAUAUAGUAGAAAAGCAGCUCAAAUUACAAGAGAGGCCCACAAACAAGAAAAAAAGGAAAAAUUGAAGAAUGAAAAGGCAUUGCGUCUCAACCUUAUUGGUGAAAAACUGCAGUGGUUUCAAAGUCAUCUUGAUCCCCAAAAAGUAGGAUAUUCAAAGAGAGAUGCUUGUGAAUUAAUUGAAAGGUAUUUAAAUCGAUUCAGCAGUGAACUAGAGCAGAUUGAAUUACAUAACAGCAUCAAAGACAGGCAGGGAAGGCGGCACUAUUCCCGGGAGACAGUCAUCAAGCAGACAAUGGAACGUGAGCGACAACAGUAUGAAGGAUAUGGCCUUGAGAUUCCAGACAUUGUAAAUGCAGGUAAUCUGAGAACUUUUAGGGAAUGGGAUUUUGAUCUGAAGAAAUUGCCAAACAUUAAAAUGAGAAAAAUUUGUGCUAAUGAUGCAGUCCCCAAGAAGUGUAAGAAGAAAACUGUUACAGCUGUGGACAAAGAUUUAGGGGAACUGGAACUAAAAGAUGAAUCAAGUGAUUCAGAUGAGGAAAUGACAGCAGUGGCCUAAUUGUCCUUUGCCUGAGGUGAAAGCAAAUAAUUGGAGAGCUUCAAGUUCUGUUUGACCUGAUCAUGGUAACUAACUGUCCAGAUACAAGAAUUUGCUAUGUAACUUCUUUCAUGAUGAGAAUCCCAUUUGCAGUUUCAAAAACGGUGUUAUGAUUUUCAUUUAAAAAUGAAUGUUGCUUUUCGUUUACAUUAAAUUGCUAAAAUAGAUAUAGUGAAAUGAAAGCACAAUCUAAGAUCCAUUUAAUCUGAAUUUCCCGGGCAGGGGGAGUGAUAUGAAUAAGGACAGAAAUGUUUUGAUUUUUUUCCUCAUGUUUACCUCGGAUCACCUGAUCUCACAUUCUGGGCCUUGUAUAGCAACAUGUUUGCUGUAAGGGUCCUAAGGAUACUUCUUGAGCAGUAAUGAUAGCAAAACUGGCUUUCAGUAAUAGUGUUUCACCAGUCUUCCUCUUAAAUAUAACACCUAUUUUCUUUCCUUGUAAA